CACUAAGUUCUGUUUCUCUCAACGGUUCUAAAUCAUACCUCACUAGCCUGCUUCCAACUCAGCCCUGAGACUGGAGACCCCAAAAUGGGUAAUACCACUGAGAAAGUAAUUGCAGGACACUGUAAUUUAUGACCGACUGGCAGAAACUUCAAAAUACAAAGAAAUUACCCUAAAACAUUUGGAGCAGUUUGCUACAGAAGGGUUAAGAACCUUGUGCUUUGCCGUGGCUGAGAUUUCAGAGAGCGACUUUCAGGAGUGGCGAGCCGUCUAUCAGCGUGCAUCCACAUCUGUGCAGAACAGGCUGCUGAAACUCGAAGAGAGCUACGAGUUAAUCGAAAAGAAUCUUCAGCUACUGGGAGCUACAGCUAUCGAGGAUAAAUUACAAGAUCAAGUGCCUGAAACCAUCGAAACUCUAAUGAAAGCAGACAUCAAAAUCUGGAUCCUUACAGGAGACAAGCAGGAAACUGCCAUUAACAUUGGACACUCCUGCAAACUUCUGAGGAAGAACAUGGGAAUGAUUGUUAUAAAUGAAGGCUCUCUUGAUGGAACACGGGAAACUCUCAGCCGUCACUGCACUACCCUGGGUGAUGCCCUUCGGAAGGAGAAUGACUUUGCUCUUAUAAUUGAUGGGAAAACCCUCAAAUAUGCCUUAACUUUUGGAGUGAGGCAGUAUUUCCUGGACUUAGCUUUAUCAUGCAAAGCUGUAAUUUGCUGCAGGGUUUCUCCUCUUCAAAAAUCUGAAGUUGUUGAGAUGGUUAAGAAACAAGUUAAAGUCAUAACAUUGGCCAUUGGUGAUGGAGCAAAUGACGUCAGUAUGAUACAGACAGCCCAUGUCGGAGUAGGAAUCAGUGGCAAUGAAGGCCUUCAGGCAGCUAACUCUUCUGACUACUCUAUAGCUCAGUUCAAAUAUUUGAAGAAUUUGUUGAUGGUGCAUGGUGCCUGGAACUAUAACAGAGUCUCCAAGUGUAUCCUGUAUUGCUUCUACAAGAAUAUAGUCCUCUAUAUUAUCGAGAUCUGGUUUGCCUUCGUGAAUGGCUUUUCUGGACAGAUCCUCUUUGAGAGAUGGUGCAUAGGUCUUUAUAAUGUGAUGUUUACAGCAAUGCCACCCUUAACUCUGGGAAUAUUUGAGAGAUCAUGCAGAAAGGAGAAUAUGUUGAAGUAUCCUGAAUUAUACAAAACAUCUCAGAACGCCCUGGACUUCAACACCAAGGUUUUCUGGGUUCAUUGUUUAAAUGGCCUCUUCCACUCAGUUAUUCUGUUUUGGUUUCCACUAAAAGCCCUUCAAUAUGGCACUGUAUUUGAAAAUGGGAAGACGUCUGAUUAUCUGCUGUUGGGAAACUUUGUUUACACAUUUGUGGUGAUAACUGUGUGCUUGAAAGCUGGAUUGGAGACAUCAUAUUGGACCUGGUUCAGCCACAUAGCCAUCUGGGGCAGCAUCGCUCUCUGGGUGGUGUUUUUUGGAAUCUACUCAUCUCUGUGGCCUGCCGUUCCGAUGGCCCCUGAUAUGUCAGGAGAGGCGGCCAUGCUGUUCAGCUCUGGCGUCUUUUGGACAGGCCUGUUAUUUAUCCCUGUGGCCUCCUUGCUCCUUGACGUGCUAUAUAAGGUUAUCAAGAGGACUGCUUUUAAAACAUUAGUAGAUGAAGUUCAGGAGCUGGAGGCAAAAUGUCAAGACCCAGGAGCAGUUGUGCUUGGGAAAAGCCUCACAGAGAGGGCGCAACUGCUCAAGAACGUCUUUAAGAAGAACCACGUGAACUUGUACCGGUCAGAAUCACUGCAACAAAACCUGCUCCAUGGGUAUGCUUUCUCUCAAGACGAAAAUGGAAUCGUCUCACAGUCUGAAGUGAUCAGAGCAUAUGACACCACGAAGCAGAGGCCUGAUGAGUGGUCAUGAGUUGGGGGGCUGCGAGGUCAGCUCUGAUACGUCCUUUCGGGGAGUCCCAGGUCUUCACCAGAAUCUGCUGACCAAUUCCAGUCUGGUCCAAGGAGGGGAAAUGAAUCUGAGCUCAUCUCAUUGACUGACAUUCAGAUUCAUGUAUAUUAUAGACGUAAGCACUGUGCAACUAUACUGUAACACCAUCUCUUUCAGAUUUUCUAAAGUAUUUGCUAAGUCUUUGUAAACAGACAUUGAAAAUGACCUUGUAUCUUGCCAGAGUGUUGUUUUUUUUUUCAACUGAAAAAACGUCAGUAUUCUUUUGCUGUUACUCUGGAGCUACAACUAUCAGUGUCUUGGAUACACCACAAGGCUAUUCACCAUUAAAAAUCUGCAAAAUGGUAGUAAGUUAGAGGGACUCUUGAUAUCCAAAUUUAGAUUUCAGAACAUGCUGGGUGGGGGGAGGAAACAGCCUUCUUAAAGAAGCCACUCACUGGGCAAAAUUUCUAAACGAGACAUUAUUGAUAAGUGUUGGUGUCAAAAACUGUCUUGAUAAAUGUUUGCCAAAGAAGUUCAAUAAAUGUAUUACUAUUUCUCCUUCAGUAGUAAUUUGCCCAGAAAUUUACAGGAAGGUUUACCUCCAGUUCUGCUGUGAGAUCUGCAUGCCUGACUUUUCCAAUCUCAGAGUGAUUUGUAAAAAUGAGUAUUUCAAGGCAUUUGCUACUAAUAUCUGUGAUGUUGCACCUUUGGCCUUACAAAUGCUUCUUUCUCAUUUGUCUUGUCUGUCUGUUCAGGUGGAAGUGCACAAGUGAUUAUGUGACUGUCGUUACAAUACUGAUUUUUAAAACUGUACUUACGUCUCCAUCCUUUCUAAUGACAUUUCAUCAUCAUUGAGUUUUUUCUUACAACCUGGCUUCUGCUGUAGAUUAAGUGAUGUCAUUUUGCCUUUGAGUUUUCUUUCUUUUUUUUUUUAAGAAAAAUGUACUUAAGUGUUUAUGUGGGAUUUCCAAUACUUCUGUCGAGGUGUUUGUAAAACCAUGUCAGAUAAAUGCCUGGGCUUCUGUAGUGUCUGUAGGCUCAGCUUUUUGUCCUGUGUUUUGGUUUUCCCGAGUAGUGCCCGUUCCGGAUGCCUGUUGUCCUUGAUGGCAUGCCCCAGGUCAAGGUGACUGCCCUGAACUUAAAACCAAGAAUGGCUUAACAGUGCACUUGUCAAGCCGCUCCCAAAAUUAGGCACAUGCUGCUAAUUGGAACAAAUAAGUGGUACUUCCCCACCCCCCAUUUUAAAAACACCUAUUUUAUUCAAGCCUAUAACUUUACAAAGAACUCUGUUCAUCAUGAGUAGAUUUUGUUAAUAUGCUUUAAAAUAUAGAUUCAAUUUAAUUGUUUCAGCAUUUCCAAGAUAUCUCCUGAAAAUGCCUAUUUUGCUAUACCAACAAUUAAUGGUGAAGGGGCUGUUUAAAAACCACAACCAGUUUUCUACACUAUUUUUAACAUAACGCUUUCAUGUAGAAAUAAAAAGAAUUCUAGCUUUCAGAUACAUUUCAGAGAUUGAAGCAAACUUUUUGCCUUGUAUUCAAAAGCCUGUUUGCCUUUAAGUGGACUUACCAGCAAAAUAGAUAGAACUUCCUCUUUAAAAAAAUAAGUCAACUACAAUUAAGAAGAGAGGUGAUUUUCAAAUCACUCCUUGAGUUUAAUAAUUUCACAUCUUUUUCACCCUUUUUCUCGAUCUAGAUUUAAAAUUUUAGUCUAUAUAUUAUUUCCUUCUCUGAAUUUUUAGCUCUUUAGUUACGUGUAUGCCUCCCACAUAUUCUACAAAUAAGAGAGGUUAUGACAUACAUAAUUGGAACUUAAAAGGGUUAAGAAGGUGACUACUUCACUCUCCACACCCUUUCCAUUCGGAGUUCAGAUUGAGAAAAGCAUGAAUUUAAAUAUGCAAGACCACAGGUCUAAGAGUCUACGAUCAUCUUCAAAAUUCAGAUGUCACAGUGUUUGUUACUGAAUGGUUAUUCAGAGCAUCUGGGCCUCCGUGAUGACAGGUGAAGUCACACCACAAAAAAAUGGAAAACAAGAAUCAAGUAAAAGGAACAAAGGCUUUUUUAAAAAAAGAAGAAUGAAGUACAUGCCUCGGGAGAAACACUUAGCAGUUCUAGAAAAGGGCUGCUUCCAUUUCCCCUCACCUCACAGGUGACAUCCUUCGCCAUAAUUUUAAUACAGAAAUGUGAUGAGUGUAAUAGAACUGAAUUUUCUGACUUAAGAAAACUGAAAGCUUUAUUUUUACCUGGAAACAUGAUUUGUUUCUGUGGAGCUCUUCAACAUGAGUGGAGGACUCAUGGUUAAUAAUGUGAAAGAGCAUAAUCUGAAACAUGACUGAUGUAUGCCUUUUUGUCCCAUGGCCCUGUUUUUGAAUUAUCAACAUUAAGUCAAUCUCUUAGCUUCUCGGUAGGGAGUUGAGGGGUAGGCAGCAGGGAGUGACCACCUUGGUAAAACUUAAAAGACAACAUCGCAACUGCAGUGACUUUGUAGUGUUCGAGAAAACCCUCCUUUUUUUAACGUUCCUAAGUGGGGUGGGGGUGGGGGUGGGUAACACAGUUUUACCAGGAUUAAAAUAAAUAGUUGAAGUGACUUUUAAUGUGUAUUUUCUGAAAUAAGGGACAUUCUUCAAUUAAAAAGUCCCUUAUAGGGACUCUGGCAAAUGCUAACACCAUUGCUUAAAUGUUUACAGUUCAGAAAAUACUACUCACAGCAGAAAAUCCUCAUUCAUUUUGCAUUGAAAAGUUGGAAGUUGCUUCCUUAGCAUUGACUAGUACACAGUGAUAUUGAGCAUGAACUUUCUAAAUGUUUUAUAUAUACAUAUAAAAAUAUAUUGGUGUCUCACACCCAGAAAAAUGCUAUAUGGUAGAAAGUAUGAGCAGGAAAGCUGGUGUUUCUCAGGAAUGCAGUAAAUUUUAAAUGGAAUAAGCGCCAUCCACCCUCCCACACAAUACUCUGGCUGACAUGAGCCUGCUUGGGCAACGCAGCAAAGUUAAUGGAAAACUUCCAAUCAAGUCAGGUGAAAGUGUAUUAUAUUCAGUAUUAGCCAUUAACAUGAAUUGUGUGGUCACUGAAUGGAAUCAGCGAUUCCUCUUAAUUUCCAGGGGAAAAAAAUGAAUUCAAGAAAUCUACAUUUAUUCUGGUCAUUACAUUUUGUAUUUUAAUUUUGCAGUCCUGCAUCCUACAUAUCCAGUGUGAAAAUCAUGUGAUAAUUUGUUCUGCAUUGUGUAUGCUGCGUAUCACUUAUCUGUCACUUAAAAUGUUCUUUCAGGAAAUGAAUACUAAUCUGAAUGUACUAGAUUGCAUAUUCACAAAUUUUUAUGUAUAACAAAGUCAUCAUUAUUACAAAGCUAAAUAAUCAUUAGUGUUUAUUUUUAUGCAGUUUGCCCUUUAAUAUGUCCUGGUUCUAAGACAUAUCAUCUAAUAAGUCUAUAAUCAUGUACAAAAUUUAUUGAGCAAAUUGCCACCCUCUUCACAUCAUAUGAACCAGGCCCAUGGAAUUCUUUUGUAAAUUAUUUAGUGUAAACACCAUGCAGUCUGGUGCCUAAUAAAUGCUUUUUAAUGAUGAACAUUUCUAUAAUGCCUCUUAAAGAGACCAUAGUCUAAUUUUUCUCACAUUAAAAUAAGUGAAGUCACUUGUGAAACUCUUAUACUUUGCUGCAUUUUAAUUAACCUUCAACAGCUAUUAAAAUGGAAUGUAAGUUGAAUUUUGAAGGAAAGGAAAUAAAUGUUUUCCAUUUUUUGCCUUGAUUUAUUUUCUGUAUGAGAGCAGCUGUGUUUUUGAUAGGUUUAUGGUUUGCAUGAAUUAAUAUUUAAAGUGGUCUAGGCCAACGCAUGGCUAUUGCUGUAAAUCUUGAUGUUUAUUUCUGCCUUAAAAUUCUCUCAUGGCCUACCUGAGACUUAAUAUUCAGUGCACAAAUUAACUGGUCCUCCACACAACUUUUUUUUUAUUAAGCAAAUCAUUUUACAAACAAAUUUGAACUAAUUUAAUUGAAACUUUUGUUUAGCUUGCCUCUAAGAACUUUUUUAAUAAAGCUCACAAAAUUUCUCAGCAAAUAAAUCUCCCUUAAGUAGGAAAAAAAAAAAAGUUAGAUUUCAUACUUGCUUACUUUGAAUUAACAGCAACUUUCCAUAGGUAAAUCUGCUCUUGCAAAGAUGUGAGCAGAAUAUUUAAAAAUACGUGUUUUUGUUUCAUAGUUCUAGACUAGAAGCCAUAAAUGCAGUAAACCCUGUUUGUUGUUUGUUUUACUACUUCGAGCUUCAUUUUUCACAUUUUCAAGUUUAUUAGGUUAAAAAAAAAAAGGCAGCCUUGGAAGGCAGCUACUAUGGAAAAUUGCAGUUUGCAUUCAAAAUAAAAUAGUAUUUUCAGCUCCAUGAAAAACCAUUCCUGCUGAAACUGCUGUAGAAAUUGUGACGCUGCAUGAGUGGAGAGCGCUGAAUCUGUGAUUAUAGUAGUUUUCUCAGGUGUGUUUAUCUCGAUGUUCAAUGCACUGUGUUUUAUAAACAGUUAUUAAAGUCGAGUAAUAUUCAGUUCUACGCAGUGUUAUGUGUCAUUGGCCUUUUGUGAAUGUGCAUGUUUUAAACUGAAAAUUUUAAACAUUUUUGUCCUCUUAUUAAAAAUGAAAUAAACUGUACCAUUACAUAAA